AAAUAAUCAAUAAAUAGCGAGCGAAAUGGGCAAACACAGGACGGCGCAACAGGAUGCGAUAUUCGUGGCCUUCAUGGAGCGACAUCCGAUAAUAGCGAAGAACUACUAUAAAGGUGACAAGUUGGCCUGCGAAGCAGCCUGGCAAAGAUUAAGCAGGGAAUUAAAUAGCGUCGGACCGCCAGUAAAAGAAGCCGCCGAAUGGAAGCGUGUGUGGAAGGAUUGGAAGAGUUGCAUACGCAAGAAGAUAGCCAACAACCGACUGGAACCGAAUGCAACUGGAAAGAAUUCCCUGUACCAGGACACCUUGACUCCCCUCGAAGAUGCUGUGGCCACCAUCACCGAUCUGUAUGAGAUGGCAGAUGUGAUGGUUGAGUCACAGCCAAAGCAAAAAGUCCGCAAUGGAACGAACACAAAUACACAAAUGAGAUUGCAGCAAAUAAAAACAGAUCGAGACGAAGAUGUGUCCGAUAAUAAUAAUGAGGAUGACGAUGAGCAGGAAGAGGAGGAGGAUGACGCUUCGGCUGAAUCGAUCUGCGUGAGAAAUGUCGGUGUUAAAGUCGAGCAGCAAAUUCAAAAUCAGCCGACCACGGGAAAAAAAAGGAAAUUGGACAGCGAUCAUCUCAAUUGUGGGGGAGCGGCGAGCACAGUGCUCCUGGACAUUGCCAAAGAGUUGCGGGAUCUAAACAGACAGACUCGAGUGAAUGCCCAGCGCACAGAGGCUAAUACGGAGGCGCUACUAGCGAUGGGCACGCAGAUAUCUGAUCUUAUGCAACAACAACUCAAGGAGCGAAAGCGACUCAAUGCCAUCAUGGAGAAGUUUGUGCUCAAAAUGGAAACUACCGACUAGAAUAGAUUAGUUAGUUUAAUAUAAGCUUAAGUUUAUACAUAUAUAAAGGAUAAUCGU